AUGAGUGAAAUUGACGCGUCAGCUAGCAAGGUAAUUGAGGUGGAGCACAAGGAAAGCAAAUUGACGGAAAACGAUAUAAACUUCAAAGAAAAAAGGGUUGAGGAUUCCGCUCAAGAAGAACACGUUAAAGAUGCAGUUGCGUUCCAAGGAGACGUUCAUGAGGAGUAUGUCAAAGGCCAUCCGGUCAUUCGAAAUGGCCUUGACGUUUCCAAGUUCCUUGUAUCGACCAGAAAUGAUGGGGACCCCUCACUUACUUUCCGCUCCAUCGUUUUGGGCACCAUCUUUAUAGCCUUGUCGAGUGUGAUCACUAUGCUUUAUACUUUCAAACCAGUCCAAGUCUCAGUUUCAGCGGUCUUUUUGCAAUUGCUUGUUUUUGUAUUUGGAGAAGCAUGGGAAUUCUUUACACCGAGUCCCGAUAGGUUUAAGACAAGCUGGCUACGAAUGACACUCAAGUUUCUCAAUUCUGGUCGAUCAUUUGGCAUCAAGGAGCAUGUUGUCGCAUCCCUCAUUGCCUCGUCUGGCAACAAUGGUCUUUCUGGAGUUGAGGUUUACGCCAACGAGAGAUUAUUUUAUGACCGAGGCAUUUCCGCCACAACUGCCGUUUUGGGGACCUUUUCUAUAUCGCUGUGUGGGCUUGUUUUGGCUGAUGCCUUGAGGUCACUGAUUGUCUAUCCUGCUGAGAUGGUAUAUUGGUCAACUCUACCGCAAGUCGUGCUCUUCCAGAGCCUUCAUUUCGAUCAAAAAGUCAAUCAGGUACGGCUCAAGAAGUUUGGUUGGGCCCUUGGUUUAGCUGCAGCUUGGGAAUUUUUCCCCGCCUACAUUGUGCCUUGGGUUGGAGGUCUUUCGGUUUUUUGUCUCGCAUCGAUGAAAGCUCCAACAAGAACCCGCACGAUUUUUUCAAUUAUCUUCGGAGGUGCCUCUUCGAACGAGGGAAUGGGACUCUUGAACUUCUCCACACAUUUGUCGCUCCCGUUCAAACAACAAGUCAACACGUGGGUUGGCUACAUGAUCUGGUACCCCACUAUGCUUGGGCUUUACUAUAGCAACGUUUGGAGUGCUAAAAAUUUUCCAUUCAUGUCGACGUCGCUUUUUUCGAGCAACGGAAGCACGUUCUCGACCACAUCUAUUUUGAAUAGUCAAGGAAUCAUCGAUGAAGCCAAGCUGGAAAAGAUAGGAUUGCCGCACUUGACUUCCAGCACUGUCUGGGGGUAUUUCACACAAAAUCUUGCUAUCGGAGCACUGAUAUCGCAUGUGUUAAUAUUCUACAGUAGGGACAUGCUUCUUGCAUGGAAGCAGGCGCGGUCCAGAAAGCAACCUGAUCCACAUUAUCAAGCUAUGCUGAGGUACAAAGAAGUACCAAUGUGGUGGUAUAUUGUGUUCUUCGGCCUAGCGUUCAUCGCUGGAAUCAUCGUCACUGCUAAAGGUGAAACCACUCUACCCGUCUGGGGAUACAUUAUUGCACUCCUCGUGGGCGCAUUUAUUGCCCCAUUCUCCUGUAUACUCUAUGGACUCUACGGAACCGGCAUUAGAACCAAUCAGUUAUCCAAGGUGGUUGCCGGUGCCGUUCACCCAGGCCGACCCUUAGCCAAUCUAUAUUUCGCCAGCUGGUCGCAUCAGGUUCUCCUGCUCGCAGUCAAUCUAUCAAACUGGCUCAAGGUAGGCCAAUACAUCAAAGUGCCCCACAGAGUGAUGUUCGGCACGCAAAUCAAUGGGACUCUUCUCAGAGCAGGUCUGAAUUACGCCGUGAUGAGUACAAUUGUCAAUAGCCAAAGAGAAAUUCUUCUCGAUCCCAGGGGUAACAAUAUCUGGAGCGGCUCGACCCUACAAAGCAUGAAUUCAUAA